CAGAAAUCGAGACCGGAAACGUAGUUUCAUGCUGCUACGCUGUUUAAGGGAAAACAGCAGCAACGAAAACAAAUUUUCCAACACCUUUAUCUAACGUUACAUGUCUAGCUAUGUAUAUGCAACUGAUUGACAGAUUAAAAUGUCGCGAAUUGCAGCCUUAACGGAUAUCGAUGGGUCCCCCUUUUUAAAAAAACGCUUCACGACAAGCUUGUGAACUUCUCAGCAACUUUACCCCAAGCCAGCCAGCCACAUCAUAAGGCUUGUCACUGCCCUUUUGAACUAGCUGUAGCUAGCUCGUUGGCUAGCAGACUUAUUCCCUGCAUCCAUCUGGAUCAAGACCGAUAUGUCUUGUUGCCUGACGGAGUUUUGCCGGGUCCAAGAGCUCAAGACAGUCCACGAGUUCUUGUUCCACCAUAAGAAAACACCACCACCACCGGAGGAGAACAACAAAAAUCAAACAGAGAAUGACCUGACGUGGGACGAAUCUGACUGGGGCGCAUGGGAGAACCCAGAAACAAAUGAGGAUGGCCCUCCGGCGGAAGAUGACGCUCAACCCAUCAGUGUCCCCUGGCUGCAGGACUGUGUUCUGUCUCUGUCCCCCUGCUCAGACCUGCUGGUCGUUGCCAGAGAAACUAAAGCCGUCUUCCUCUCUGCGAGGUGGCGCACGGAUGAGGGGGGGAAAGAGGAGAUGAACCUGGCCGUGUCCUGGAGUGGAACCCUCACCACAGAGGAAGGGGAAUGCAUUAGCAGUGUGAUCUGCAUACCUCUGGCCAGCCAGAAGAGGAGCUCCACUGGCCGGCCUGACUGGACCUGCAUCGUAGUUGGCUUUACCUCUGGAUACGUCCGCUUCUACACAGAGACUGGAGUUCUCCUCCUGGCCCAGUUGCUCCAUGAGGACCCGGUUCUGCGGCUCAAGUGCCGGACUUACGAGAUCCCUCGCCACCCCGGCGUCACCGACCAGCAUGAGGAGCUUAGCAUCCUGUACCCAGCAGCACUGGUCACCAUCGAUGGCUUCAGCCUCUUCCAGUCCCUGCGUGCAUGCAGAAACCAGGUGGCCAGAGAACUUUCCAGAGGUCCCUCAGCGGCUGCAGCAGGCAGUGAUGUGGUGCAGCCCCCUCCACUGACCUAUAAGAAGUGGGGUCUGCAGGACAUGGACACCCUAGUGGACCACAGCAGUGUGGGCAUCAUGACGCUUAACGUGUUUGACCAGAUGAAGAACGCCUCUAUCCUGGGGGGCUUCCAUGCGUCCGUGAAAGGCAGCCCCCCCGCCAUGAGCCAGUACAUCACUGUGGGGGGUGGGCCCUACACUAGCUUCUACUACGCCAUUGAGGGGAGUUCUCAACCCCUCCUGUCUCACGUGGCCCUGGCCGUCGCCAGCAAACUCACAUCAGCACUCUUCAACGCAGCCAGUGGCUGGCUGGGCUGGAAGAAUAAGAGUGAGGAGGAGCCGCAGCAGAAGCACAAGCCCAAGGUGGAGCCCGCCACGCCGCUGGCAGUCAGGUUUGGCCUUCCCGACUCCCGUCGCCAUGGAGAGAGCAUAUGCCUGUCGCCAUGCAACACGUUGGCGGGGGUAACGGAUGACUUUGGGCGAGUGACACUGUUGGAUGUCACCCGAGGCAUUGCCAUCCGCAUGUGGAAGGGGUACCGUGACGCUCAGCUGGGCUGGGUGCAGGUGUCAGAGGCGCGUGGGGAGCGUGAGCUCUCCUCCCCCUCCCUCCCCCGCCGCCACGCCCAGUUCCUGGUGAUCUACGCCCCGCGCCGAGGCAUCCUGGAGGUGUGGGGCACCCAGCACGGACCCCGCGUGGCGGCUUUUAACGUGGGCAAGCACUGCAGGCUGCUCUAUGGAGGCUACAGGCUGAUGGGUGUGAACAGUGUGACGUCUCAGGGCUGGCAGCUUCACACACAGCAGGUGUGUCUGCUCGACCCCACCACUGGAGUCCUGCGCACCGUCACCAUCCCUUUUCAUCUGGCUCUCAGUGAUAAGAAGAGCGAGCGUGCCAAGGACAUGCACCUCUUCAAGAGACUCACCACACUGCUCAAGAGCAAAGAGGUGGAGCCAGAUCUGCUGGAGUCUGAGGCUCAAAGUGUGAUCCUGGAAAUCAAACACCCUGCCAUCAAAAAACAGGCUUUUGAGUCCUUGCUGGCCAAUAAGAAUGCUCCGGUCUCCUGCCUUGCCAAUGUCACUCGAGCUCUGUUGGACAGUCUAAAGGGCCAGGAUCCAGAGGCAGUAGAGGAGUCACUCCUCCAGCUCUGCUCCUCCCAGCUGAGGCUCCUGCAGCUCUACACACAGAUCCAGCUCCUUCACACAGAGUCCACUGAGGAGGAGUAUCAGACGUGUCCAGGCAUGGAGGAGGACCUGGCUCGGGUUGGGCCAAUCCUGCAGCGCUAUGCAGAGCUCACGUCCCGCCCCUCCGUCUCAUUCGCUCAGGACUCCGUCAGCCCACUUCCUGUCCGGGACUUCCUGUCCCAGCUGGAGUGUGAUGGGGAUGCCAUUAAGGUUGUCCAGGGUCCUCAGGGUGACAGCUCGCCACUGGGGAGUUUCCUGCUCUGGGGUUGUGUGUCAGGUCAGAGUCCCAUACAGAAAGUGUGUGACGCACUCCAAGAGAGCAACAUUAGCCCACAGAAUCUUCUGACUCUUCUGAUGAGUGUGUGGUUGAGCAGAGAGAAAGAGGUGCUCAAGCAAUCUGACACCGUCAAGAACCUACACACACUGCUGACCAGGCUCAGCGCAAUGAAAGGUGCCGUGGAGGAGUCGUGGGACGGCCAGUGUGUGUGUCCGUGGUGGCAGAUGGUGCGGACCGUGUGUGUGCAGUCGGAGAGCUCUGGCGCCGCCCUGCUGGCUGCAUUAGUGGCUCACCGCGCGGCCAAGAGCUCCAUCACCAGCUUGGCUGAGACCAAGUUCCAGUCAGACUGGGAGGCGGUGUCGCUGGAGCUGGAGCAUUGGGCGGUUUGUGUUCGGCAGCUGGAGGACGCCCUGGCCCUGCAGACGCUGCUCGGCCUGCCAUCUCCUCAGGGAUCACCAGGGGGCGCCACUCCACGCUGCUCAGUCAGAGCUCUGCUGGAGAGCGGCAGAGGUGGCGUUGCUGACAGCGUGGCGAAGGUGCUCUUCAGACAGGCCCUGCACCCAGACACCCUCAGGGACAUCCUGCAGAGGAGGGGCGAGACUGGCAGCACAGAGCAUCCGGCAGAGCCACCACAAGACACCACAGACAACACACACCAGCGCAGGACAGAGGAGCUCCUGGUAUGUGUAUGUCAGCGUUUCCCAGACUCCCUCUCCCCUGACCUGCUCUUUGCACACUGCGGCUGGGAGUAUGUAGUGCAGUGGAACAAGGACCCAGAGCUGGGUAAGAAUCUGGAGGGGUCAGUGGAGCAUCUCAAGAUGAUUUCCAGUCCCCACAUACAAUUGGGCAUUGCAUUGAUGAUGUGGAGCACGUUCAUUGUGAAACGCUUCUCUGCAGCAGCCUUUCUCAUGGAGAAGGUUGGAAAAGCUCCCAAAGACAGACUCUGCAGACGAGACGUAGGGAUGGGAGACAGUGCGAUGACCUCAUUCCUGGGCUCCUGUGUGCAGCUCCUGCAGAUUAUUAUGGAGGCCGAUGCGCGUGUGGAGGAGGUGUCGGCCCCGCUGCUGUGUGUGGAGGAGGUGUGGGGGGGUGCAGAGGGCCGUGUGUCUCUGGCCGAGCUGGCCUUGGAGCAGAGGGGCGUUCACUACCCGCUGGUGCAGCACCAGUGCCUGCUGGCCUCCCUGCUGCACGCCACCAUGACCUUCGGCCUCAAGGUCAAGCCCCUCAGCCUCUUCGACAGCAAGGGUAAGAACGCCUUCUUCAAGGACCUGACCACCAUCCAGCUGAUGCCCAGUGGAGACACGGACCCCAGCCUGGUGGCCCUUAGGCAGGAGUUCUUGCUUAGGGUGCUGACCGGUUGGGUGAAGACCGUGGAGGUGGCUCAAGGGGGCGGGACUAGUGUGUGUGAGGACGUGUGGCCUGAGGUGUGUUUGGAGCAGGCCACACUGCUGCAGGUCAACCCCGACAUCCUCCGCAGACACCUGGUGUGUGAACUCUACAACCAGGGCCUUGACCCGCGGGCUGAAGAGCUGAUGCUGGAGGUGGAGGAUAAGGACGUGUUGGGCUCCCAGCUGUUGGUGCUGGCGGGCCAGAGGUUGUGCUUCUCUCUGCUGCACAACACCACCCAGACCCGGCCCGCCAUGGAGCUCCUCGCCCGCCUGCCCCCCACGCUGUGCACCUGGCUCAAGGCUAUGGACCCCAGUGAGCUGCGCUGCCCCCUAGUGCCCCUGAGGCAGAGCAGUCGUCUGGUGAGCCGCGUGAUCGAGACCCUGCCUGAGAACCACGCCCAGUACAGCCUGGCCCUGCACCUGCUGGAGACGGUGGAGGUCCUCGAGGACGAGAACUGAGGAGGAAGGAGGAGAGGAGAGAUAGGGGGAGGGGGAUACAAGGGAAGGAGAGCAAAGGGUAACGAGAGGGUAACCGGUGGAGGGGGCGAAUGACUGAAUGAAAAAGACCAAGAGGAGUGGAAGGGUCUUGGAAAAAGAGAGGCGGACAGCUUAUCACUCCUACUCCACCCCUUCAGUGGAAUUCUACACUCACGAGUGUCACUCACUAACUCACCCAAAGACACUCAGCCCCAACGCUCCUCUUCCUUUAAACACAGAGUAUUAGAUGUUUCUGCUUCAUGUUCAGUUCUGGCUUCCGCCAUACCAGAGGUCAGUUGGUGGUCAUGUCUUCAGAGGUGUUUUUUUUUUUUCCUUCUGUGGUCUCUCUCUUUCUUUUUCUCGUCUUUCUCUCUUUCUUUUUCUACGCUUCAUUAAUUCUCUCUCUUUUUCCGCGCGUGUGUUAAUCCAGCCUCUGUGCAGCGCUGAAUCUGUCCAUCUUUUAUGUCGUCGUCAUCAGAAGGUGUGUCUGUGCCAUGAGGGAGGGAUGGUAAUAAUGUAAGUUAAAAGAAAGGAAUGAAUCGCUGAAAGGAUGACAAUUUGUUUUGUUGUUUUUCUUGUAUUUAUAUGCAGUACUGUACUAGCGCCUGCCUGCCACUGCUCCAAGCCCAGAGGAUCAG